AACAUAACCACAAAAUUGAAAUUCACAUUUUUCGAAGAUAUUUUUUAAAUAAUGUAUAUUUGUGAUAUUUUUUGUGAUACAAAUAGUUAAUUGUUAUAUAGUAAAAAUAUUGUUCAACAUUUUAUUGUAUUUUAGAUACAUUAGAUACAAUUACUGAAUACUGCUGUAUUUAAAUAUCAAAUUACAAAAAUGGAAUCAAUAAAACCAACACCUCAAGAAUUUCAACAUUAUAUGAAAUUACCGAAGCAUAUUAGAAACGUGUGUAUAUUAGCUCACGUUGAUCACGGCAAAACCACAUUAUGUGACGCACUUUUGGCUACUAACCGUCUAAUUAGUAAACGUUUGGCUGGUACUGUCCGAUAUUUGGAUGACCGACAAGAUGAACAAGAAAGAGGAAUAACUAUGAAAAGUAGCGCGGUGUCGCUCCUAAAUGUGGUGAAGGACCCAGAAAAAGGUAACAUUCCAAUUUUACUAAAUCUAAUAGACACUCCAGGCCACAUAGACUUCUCCACGGAGGUAGGAGCGGCUUUACGCGUCUGCGAUGGGGCCGUGGUGCUCGUCGACUUGGCUGAAGGUGUUUGUGUUCAAACAAGGGAGUGCAUCAAAAAGGCUAUGCAAGAAAAGGCACAAAUGGUGCUCGUUUUGAACAAAUUUGAUCGGUUGAUUGUUGAAAUGAGACUGGACGUUAAUGAAAUUUUUAAUUAUAUACUGAGAGCGAUCGAGAUUUGCAACGUUAUUGUGGCAGAGAUGUACCAAUUGGAAUAUCCAGAUUGCGGCGUGGAUGUAGAGGAUAGUGGAUUCUUGUUCAGUCCUGAUACAGGGAAUGUUAUAUUCGCCAGCGCCAUUCAUGGAUGGGGCUUCACUCUGAAACAGUUAUCCAGACUGUUUUUACCCUUGGUUAUUGAUGAAACUGUUGACACUCUCACAAGCAAAUUAUGGAACUUUGAUUGCUAUGUGGAUCAAAAAAAGAUAAUUAGAACUGGAGCAGUAGUUAAGGGAAAGGACAACUUAUUUAAACAGUUUUGUAUUAAAACUAUUUUAGCUAUCUAUGAAACAAUAGUUAUAAGAAUGGACAAACUGAAAGUUAACAACAUACUUCAAAAACUGGGCAUAACAACACCUACAAAAGAUAUGCUUCACAAUGAUCCAAAAAUCCAAAUCAAGGCUAUAAUGCAAGCCUGGAAACCAAUUGCAGAAACUAUUUUAUUACAAUGUUUUAACAUCUUUGGUAAUCCUGGCACAAUGUCUGCAGAAAAAACUGACUAUUUAUUGAAUGUCACCAGACAUCCUGCUGACAUCCAAAUACAAGAGUGUAUAAAAAAUAUAAAACCACAUAUAGAAAAUCCUACAGAGGACACUGAAACAGUGGCGUACGUUUCGAAAAUGUUUUGUAUGGACAAAAAGAAUGCGAGUGGAUCCAAAAUUGUGAUGCCUGCUCCAAGAGCAACAGUCUUAGAAAAACAACUUAAUAGUUUGUCUUUAACUGAAGAAAAACCGAAUGUUAUUGAAGAGAUAGACAAAAUUCAAGUAAUUGCAUUGACUCGACUUUUCACUGGCACUUUAAAGGUUGGACAGGAAAUCUACGUGCUUGAUUCAAAUUACCGACCUGGGAAAGACAAACACGUGGAAAAAGUCGUCAUUAAGAACUUGUAUAUGUUCUUUGGCAAAGACGUGAUGGAUGUGGAUAGCGUUCCUCCAGGUAACUUUUGUGGAGUUGGAGGUUUGGAAACCAGCGUUAUCAGAACUGCCACUUUAUCCACUACAUUGAACAUGGUUCCGUUUUAUGAAAGUCCCGCUUUAGAGCCAGUUAUCAGAAACUCGAUCGAGCCAGCGAAUCCUAAAGAUUUGCCCGUGUUACGUGAAGGUUUGAAGCUUCUGAUGCAAAGCGAUUCCUGCGUCCAAGUUAUGAUACAGGAGAAUGGUGAGAUGGUCCUUUUGACGGCUGGUGAUGUGCACUUGGCGAAGUGCAUAGAGGACUUAACCAAAAAGUUCACUAAUAUUGCAGUCAAUGUUUCUAGUCCAAUGGUGGCACUCCGUGAGACUGUACUAAUUUCUGGCAACGAUUUAGAUUAUUUAAACAACGUAGAGAAUUAUAUGACGACGCAGAAUGAUCACCUAAAAUUGUCUGCCGUUGCGUUGCAAAUUCCAGAAAACAUAAUGGAAGUUUUGAAACGUAACUACCUUCUUUUAAGAGAUGUGGAAGAUACUCAAAAGAAAUCGUUGAUUGAUAUGGUAAAUCUGGAUGGUCAAACAAAUGAAACCGUAUUGGAAUCAUUACAAACAUCAAUUAAAGCAUUCAAGGAUGCAAUAGCUGUAACAAGAACAAGCAAGCAACCAGUUUGGAAACAUUUGGAAGACACAAUAUGGAGUAUAGGAAGAAACUCUCAAUGUAUUAAUGUAUUAGUCAACAAAGUAGAACAUUUUGGAAGAAAUAUUUUCACAUACCUGGAUGCAGCAGAUAAACGAUUGUUCUUUGACCACUGCGUUGUUAACGCGUUCGAUACAGUGUGCAAGGCUGGACCUUUAUGUGAAGAACCGUUGAUGAACGUAGCUUUCGUUAUAACAGAAUUUGAACUGUUGAGUGAUGUAAAGCCUGAGGAAAUUACACCCCAAUUCGCUUCAGGAAUUGAAGGAAUGAUCAGAAAUGUAUUGAGAAAAUCAUUUGAUAAACGUGAAAGAAGAUUGAUGGAACCGAUGUUUACUACUGACAUACAAGUCAAUACUAACAUUCUUGGAAAGGUUUACUCAGUUGUGAGUAAAAGAUGUGGCAAAGUUCUGGAUGCAGUUGGAAUGGAUGAAGAAGAAAAAGUGUAUCUUGUAAAAGCUCAAAUUCCCGUGAUCGAAAGUAUUGGGUUUGCAAAUGAGAUUAGGACUGCAACUUCCGGUCAAGCUAACCCUAAUUUAAAAUUCAGCCAUUAUGAGGUUAUUGAUGGAGAUCCCUUUUAUGAGCCAGUUGAGGAAGAUGAUGAAGAUGAGAGUAUUAACGUAGAAUCGGCGAUCAGGGCGAGUAAAAUCAGAAAAGACGUUAGAACCAGGAAGGGUUUGUAUGUAGAAGACCAGGUUGUUACCCACGCUGAAAAACAGAGAACGCUCAAUAAAAAGAAAUAAUUUUA